AUGUCGUCACAUUGGCUACUCGAAACAAACGACUUCAAUGGCCCUGUAAGCAACAUCGACGCAAUGAUGCAUACCGUGGUCAGUAGUGGAUAUUCCGCUGCGGCGCUCAUGCUUGCUAAUAUGGUCAUCGAACGAAUGCGAAUGCGUGUGAACGAUGACACAGACAAGUUCACUGGUUCUCAAACCCCCUCGUCAGAUUUAUUGGAAAAGGUAGAAGACAUGGACCCCAAGGCCCUCGAAUCAAUGGCCUGGUCAAUGGACCUCACCAAGAUGCCAAAGGACUUGUUGCUUUUGGUUCUUCCUCUCCUUCUUCACGUUGACACGCAAUGCCCAACUCCUGACGAUAUCCACGCCCUGCAUGAGUUUUGCGAGGCUUCGAAAGCGGAUAAGAUAAUCGUGAAUAUGUGGAUUAUGAAGGAGCCAGCUAAGAGCACACUCGAACAGGCUUUCAAGCCUUGGGUGAAUUAUUCCAACUUCAAGGACGCAUACAAGGCCAGAGAUAAUAUUUCAACAUAUAACGCCAGUCGAGAUAGCUUGCCUCAUAGCCAUCGAGAAACAUAUGCAUAUCAAUUUGUGCAAGCCUGUCAAUGUACAACUUGUCUGGAACUUAUUGUAGACCUUGGUCUCGUUGAUUUCCAACACUAUGGCCGGAAUGGAAAAAGCUUGCUCCAUGCUGUUAUUGAGAGCGGACAUCAUGAAAGUAUAGUUUUUGCUAUCGAGAAUUUGCUCAGCUUGGGUGCUGAUCCUAGAAAUUCACCAACGUCAAUCAAUGGAAUGUCCAUCCCUCAACAUGUGGCUCUACUGCACGACAACAACAUAUUCAAGGAGAUGGCUGAGAAACUAGAAGCAGCGGAAUACCCCAUAUGCGCGUGGAACGACGACGGUCUAAAGUUGGAACUGUGCAGCUUCAUCACAGCCGAGCUAGCAGGAUGGCUCUUGUCAAAAAGAUUCAACAUCGCAAAGUUGCCCAGAAACACACUCCCAAAUUACCUACCACUUCCAAACCAAAUGAUUCCACCCGAAGAAGCAUGCUUCACCAAUGACUGGAACCGCGAUGCAGAAUAUAGCGAUCCAAUCAUCCGUUCUCGGACCUUCGACUCGGACGCACACGAGUUCGACCCCUUCUUCCACAUCUACGAUUUCGUUGGCGUCACCCCCUCAGAGCUCCAUCCGACGUCCCGUACAAUCUGGCACCGAGCAAUCGAAAACCCCCAAGGACCCAUAAUCCUAGACUGGCUACUGGACCAUUCCCACGUCCAACCAGGAUACAAAUCCGAUUUUGAUCGUGACACGGGCGAAACCGCCCUAGUCGUCGCAGCAAAAGGAAACGAGCCAGCAGGCAUCGACUGGCUAUGUCAGAACUGCGAUCCCAUGGCCCCCAGAUUCAGAGACCAAGUCGACGAAAGCCAGAACACGCCGGCGUACGCAUUGCAGACGGCGGCGCACAGCGUGCAGCCAAAUAGUGCGGCGAUCCUCUACAUGAUAUCGAGCUAUGCGCCGCCAGAAGUGUGCCAUGAUUUGGCUAUUAUGAAGGAUCUGUAUUGGUUGGUUAUUAAGGGGUAUAGAGAUGCUCAUUUGAGAUUGGUGCGGACUAUGCAGCCUAGUGCAGAGAGGAUGCAGCAUAUGAAUCUUUUGAGAAAUAUCACGCGGGGGAAGAUCAAGGUGCUGAAUACGAGGCUUCAGUUGAAGUCUGAUUGGGUAAUUUGGUGGGAGUCUGGGGAGUUAAGGUGGUUGCUUGAGUAUUGCGCUUUGGAGAAGUUGAAUUUUAUUGUUAGGGAUAUGAAGUCUGGGAUUUCUAUUGAUUUGCAGAAGAAAUAUAAGACAGCUCAAGAUUGGGAGGAGGAAGAGGACGAGCUAGAUCAGACUAAUUCUUGUUAUUUGGCUCAAAAAUGA